AUGGCUGCAACUACAGGAGAGGCAGAUUCAGCAGGGCCUCCAUCUCCGUGUGAUGAGAACACAGAACCAUGUUCCAAAUGUAUGUACAUCAAGUACGAGCCUGAGCCUGAACAAGAGUUUGAGAAGAUUUUGUCACCAUCUGAUAUUCAGCGAAAGGGAAGCUACAGGCUUUAUUUACCGAAGCCACGAGCUGCCAGAUUCUGCACCCUAGCAAAUGGAAGUCAUCCGGUGAGUGUCUACGACGUUCAAAUGAAGCGCUGGCCAAUGCGUUGUCGUAGGAGUGGUGGGAAAGCUUAUCUCACCCGAGGCUGGAGCCGCUUUGCUAAACAGAAGAAUCUAAGUGAAGGAGAUAGAAUCACAUUUUAUGAGCUGAAUUGCAAGAGAGGGACUGGAAAAAGGGUCUUCAUGAUGGGAGUCUCUCGCAAAGGAUGCACUCAGAUUCUUGGAGCUGCAAUUAGAAAUUAG